AUGCGUGGCUUCAAGCUGUACCCGACGUUGAUUGAGGCUGUGGCCGAACGUUGGCGGCCCGAGACGCACACGUUCCACUUCCCUAGUGGUGAAGUGACAAUUACUUUGGAAGACGUCGCUUACCAACUCGAUGUUCCUGUGAAUGGAGCCCUAGUGAAUCAUAACAUGAACGACCCCACAUCAUUGGUCUACCAAGUUUUUGGAAAAUGGCCACCAUCCGACGUCAUCAACGGCUUUCGGGUACGGAUAAUAUGGUUGGAAUCAAAAUUCCAUGUGACGGACGAGUCUACCGAGGAAGAGAUUAUUUUCAUGUCUCAAGCAUAUUUUCUCCAACUGAUCGGAGCGGUAUUACUACUAGAUAAAUCCGGUAAUUUGGUGCAAACUCAAUAUUUGCGAUAUUUGGAAGACUUCACUGUGUGCCGUAAUACCAAUUGGGGCUUAGCGAUUUUAGCUUUUCUAUACCGAGAGCUUUGCAAGGCUGUAAUUAUCCAGUUGGGUCGAAAAGUCGAUGUCGUCGACUGUCUGAUACUGUUACAGUGGUGGGUUUGGUAUCGAUUCCCGUUUAUGUCGCCACUUACAACAACCCCUAUUGAGUUUCCUCUAGCUGCAAGGUAA